CAGCAUACUCAGACCCAUCUUGAGGAAUUUCCCCGGAACCUGUGAAUGAGUUAAACUGCAAACUCAACAGAGACGCGGAAGUGAAAGUAAAAGUGAAGUGUUUCCUAGUUCAGACAGGUCGGUGUCUCGGUGUCUCGGUGUUUAGGUGUUUAGUUGAGUUUAGUAACCAUGAGCUGUAAACCGUUUAACAGCGUCCUGCUGGAGAUCUCUAACGAGCUGACAGGCAAACAGCUGACGGACCUGAAGUUUCUGUGUCAGGACCUCGGGAUCGGUAAGAGAACCCUGGAAAGCAUCGACACCGGAACCAGACUGUUCCAGGUUCUCACAGAGAGACGUCUUCUGACAGCCGACAACACCGAGACUCUGUCCGGACUCCUCUCAAACAUCAAGCGACCAGACCUCUCAGACAAGUUAAACGGUUUCAGUCCGUCUGGAUCCACCGACAACAACCAACCGGAGCAGGAGGAGAGAGACAAACUGGACACUGCCACAGACGUGAUCGCAGAGAACCUGGGAAGGUCUUGGCGUAAACUGGGUCGCAAACUGGGUUUGAACGACGUCAAGCUGGACUCCAUCUCCAAGAGGCAUCCCACCGAACUGGAGGAAACGACGAGGGAGAUGCUGAAAGAGUGGAGGAAGAGUCGAAAAGCCGAGGCCCGAGCGGAGGACCUGAUAGGAGCGCUGAGAGCCUGCCAGUUCAACCUGACGGCUGAUAAAGUGGAGGAACGACUCCAAACCCCCUGAUGCUGGCGGAGAUUUACAGACUGAGAUAAACUCUGGGAAUAAAAUCAAGAGCUGUGAUUAACCUUCAAGAAAAGAAAUUAACUAUCAAGAAAGUUAUACAUACAUAAAAUUAUGCAAAAAAACAUUUUUUGAUCAAAUAAAUCAGCAAUAAGGGUUUUAGGUUGAUCACAGAUAAAGGCAGGAGUCUGACCAUUCAAGGCUUUAAAAAUGAAUGAGCAGUAAAAUCUUCUAAACCUCACAGGUAACCAGUGAAGGGCAGCAAGGACGUGGUCACUUCUCAUAAUUCAGAUGAUUUAAAGGAACAGUUGGACAUUUUGGGAAAUCCACUUUGUUUGGUUUCUGGUGGAGAGUUACUUUUGUUAAAUUAUUAAAUUCAUGUUUUUACAUAUUGGUUUUGAUUAAACAAACAAGACACAACAUGUUAUUUAGUGAGCUUUAGUGGUGCUGGCAGGCACAACCAGGCACAGCUGUUUCCCUUUCGCUUCAUAUUUUACAGAUAUUUGAUCUUCUCAUCUAACUUUCUGCCAGAUAAUGAAUAAGCAUAUUAUCUAAAAUGUCAAACUAUUCCUUUUAAGAUGAUGUUUUUUUGACUCAGAAUAAAAAAAAUAGGAAUGAAUUGUAAUACUACAAGGGGAAUUGCUUUAUUUUCAAAUCAGAAGCCAUCAAACUGUUUACAUUGAUGAUUGAUUUUUUUUUCAUGUGAGAAUAAAAUGAGACGGUAUUUGAAGUGAAGUGUCUCACUAACAUCUCCAGAA